AUACUUCAUAGGUUCAAAGCCAACAUUGCAAGACUGCUUACUAAACGUGCACAAGAUCAGCUUCCGAAUGUUGUUUAUCCGCUUCAAGUAAUCACACGAUUAAAUAGCAGCUGCAAGUAUUUAACUGAACACAUUCCAAUAUGUCGGUAUCAUUCAUAUGAUUAUAAACACUAACAAAAGCUGGGAAUUUAUCAAGACCGAAGUGACCGGAGAGAAGAAAAAUGUGGCUGUUAUCACCCUGAACCGUCCCAAGGCAUUGAAUGCCCUCUGCAAUGGCCUCAUGAAGGAACUGUCAACAGCCCUGAAGGCUUAUGGCAAGGAUGCUAACAUGUCCGCAAUUGUCUUGACUGGCAGCGAGAAAGCCUUUGCCGCUGGCGCAGACAUCAAAGAGAUGGCUCCCAACACAUACUCACAGUGCAUUCAGGGUAACUUCCUCAAUGACUGGACAGAAGUGGCACGCACCCAGAAACCCAUAAUUGCGGCUGUUAAUGGUUAUGCUCUCGGAGGUGGGUGCGAGCUGGCCAUGAUGUGCGACAUCAUCUAUGCUGGUGAUAAGGCCAAAUUUGGGCAACCAGAGAUUGCAUUAGGCACGAUUCCCGGAGCUGGUGGCACGCAGCGCCUAACCCGGGUUGUGGGCAAAUCCAAAGCCAUGGAAAUGUGCCUCACUGGUAACAUGAUCAAUGCCCAAGAGGCAGAGAAGGUUGGCCUGGUCAGCAAGGUGAUUCCACCUGAUCAACUGCUUGUCGAGGCUGUCAAACUGGGAGAGAAGAUCGGAACUCACUCGAACCUGAUUGUGCAAUUGUGUAAGGAGGCUGUGAACACCGCUUUUGAGACUACGCUAGAGGAGGGCUUAAAGUAUGAACGCCGUUUCAACCAUGCCACUUUCUCAACGAUCGAUUGCAAGGAGGGUGUAAAAGCGUUUAUCGAAAAACGUCCAGCCAAGUUCAUCAACGAAUAGAUGCGAUUCCCAAGGCAAAUGUUCAGCUUUUAG